AGUUGACAUGCGUGCAACGUCAUCUGUCUGACUGUCAUUCUUUCUGGCCUUGAACGAUCGAGUUUGUAAGAUUGCUAUUUAUUUGUGGCUAUUUGUCUUGGUUCUUCUUGUAUAUUUCACGUGUAAUUAUAACCAUGUCUAAAGUUACUUUCAAGAUAACCCUGACUUCAGAUCCAAAACUGCCUUUUAAAGUAUGCUGAAGAAAUUAAAGACUUACAUUGAAGUUACAUCGCUGUAUCAUGGAGGCAGCUGUAUUGCGACAAUUCCUGGACUUUUUCCAAGACUUCCUUUGCCUCUGUCAAACAGAAAACUGGCCCACAAAUGAAACCUCUGAGGAGGAAAUAAAAAAUGCUUUUGUUAUCGCGAACCACAUCGAAAGUUGUUUAAAUAAACUCCAUAAAAAGGACAUUGUAACAGAGUUCCUUACGAUUUUACAAAGUGAACAAGAUUUCCCUGACUAUUUUUUAAAAACAUGUUUUGCUGACCCCCAAAACUAUGUCCUGAAAAAAAUUAUACAGUCACAGACAAAAAUUAUACAAAUGGACAUCGCUUUUAAGAUAUUUUUAGAGAUGUUCUCCAAAGAGAAGUUAGAGAAAUGUCUCGCUGAUAUAAUGCUAGAGACUGCAUCAAAAGAGACUUUAUUGCGGCAUAUUCCCAAUGAAAUACCAAAGGAGAAGAUUUUAGAAUUUAAAAGUCAGAUUUUGCUAUCUGAGUUGAACAGUUGUGAACACCCAAAAGAUGUUUUGUUGGAUAUGUUUAAUGCUUUAAAUCAGGAUAACAUGAACUUAUUAGUUAUAAGCAUUAUAAAUAAAGAUGUGACAUAUCUUAAAUCUGUAAAUAGUAUAGUAAAUGUAUUCACAGAUGUGAUAUCAAGAAAAAGUUAUAUUAAUAAGUCAUUAUGGAAAUAUCUUUUUAGCGUCGACGAAAAGUAUUUUUUACAGUUAUGUAUAGAUCACAUGGAUUUGUUUAAAUUGAUUGUGAGAGCUUUAGUGGAUUGCGGGAGGCUGUUGAAGGAGAAUAUGUCGGCAGAAUUCUUUUACAUAGACCUGACAUAUACUCAAUUAGUGGGGGUAGUCAAGAGAAUUUGUGUGGAUGAAAAUUUGAAGUCUCAGCGUGCCCGAAGCGACGCCGUUCACAGCAGUACUGAAGUUCGCAGCGGAGGAGUUCCGAGUGGAGCCUGCCACCAGCGCGGUCAUCACAGACGACGGCAUCGGCAUCAACCCGCAACAGACUGCAGGAAAUGUCUUCCUGAAGCACGGCUCAGAACUGAGACUAAUUCCACGAGACAGAGUGGGUAACCGGACGUAAGCGCAAAUAUUCCAUUAAUUUAAGUUUAUUACUUUAUACACCUUACAGAUAAUAUAUUUAUGUUUAUGUGUAAUUAAAUGUUUUUAUAAAAAAGAUA